AUGCGUGAAAUUAUUACUUUACAGCUCGGCCAGCAAAGUAAUUACCUCGCGAACCAUUUCUGGAAUACUCAGGAAUCUUACUUUACAUAUGGUGCUGAUGAGGAGUCGGCCAUCGACCAUGAUGUUCAUUUUAGGCCCGGCAUUGGGUCCGAUGGGACCGAGACCUUCAUGCCUAGAACUGUCAUCUAUGACUUGAAGGGAGGUUUUGGUACAUUAAGGAAGCUAAAUUCUUUAUAUGAAAUAGAUGGCGAUCCGUCUUCUAGCAGCUUAUGGUCUGGCCAAACCGUAAUACAGCGACAGCAGCCCAUAGAGGCAAGCGCAUACCAAGAGAGUCUCGAUACUGGCCAGGCACCUACGGAACUCACCACAAGCUCAGUCAGGUAUUGGUCUGACUUCAACCGUGUUUUCUAUCACCCGAAGUCCAUUAUCCAACUUAGCGAGUAUGAGCUCAACUCGACUGUCAUGCCUUUUGAGAAGUGGCACAUGGGAGAAGAACUCUUUGCAUCGCUAGACAAGGAACAUGACCUCCUAGACCGAGAUCUACGCCCUUUCGUCGAAGAGGCGGAUCAAAUGCAAGGUCUCCAGAUCAUGACUGGCAUUGACGAUGCCUGGGGUGGGUUUACGACUAAAUAUAUGGAGAGGCUGAGAGAUGAAUAUGGCAAAACCCCUAUUUGGGUUUUUGGAGCGCAGGAGCCAUCUAGAGGAUUGCCGCGGGAGAAGAGACUAUUAAAGCUCGUUAACAAGGCUCGGACUCUCUCAGAACUCAAUUCGCAAGCUUCAUUAGUCAUCCCUCUUGCGUUGCCAGAGCGACCCCUGCCAUCAACCGUGCAGCUCGAUUCUUCCUCGCCCUGGCACGUAUCUGCCCUAUUUGCUGCGGCUUUGGAGAGUGUAACCCUUUAUACACGGCUAAGGACAUCUGACAGGGCUUAUUCAAGCAACCUCGGUAACAUUACAGACCUCUUGAAUGUAUUUGGGAAGCAGACUAUUGCGAAUUUGGAAAUGAGUAUUUUCGAGGCUCCCAUGUCUCAUCAGAACGGAGCUAACGGUACAAACGGCACUAAUGGGGAGACAAAUGGCUUGAACGGACGGGGCGAAAAUGUACGCGACCUAUAUGAGAACGGGAUAAAUCUCGACAACGAGUCUGAAUCUGGUUCUCAAAAGGGGGCUGCGACUUUGGAAAUCGAUUUAUCAUCCCCUCAAGACCUUAACCUCGAUACUAGUGGGAGGAGACGCAGAAAACGUCACAUUUUCAGCCAGGUUAUAGGUGACAGAGGAUUGCAGAACCUUAAUCGAGCCAAUGAUGAUAAUGAUCGAGAACUGAGGGAGCAAUUCGGAAUGCAACGCCGUCCAAAGUUCCACAAUUAUCGAUCACGGGUGGCUUUCCCCCUAAUCGACAGCUAUCCAAAGAUAUUCCGGGAUAGUUAUGGCCAUCCUGUAAGGGAGAACAUAUCCAUCAAAACGGCCUUAUCCACAGACUCGACAGUCACGGAUAAAGUUAAGGCUAUACGUAAUACCGUCAUCCGCUCCAUCGGCCUAGAAGAUCGCGAGGCGAUAGGCAACGAACUUGCUGAGAUUGCCGAUAGCUAUAAAGAAGGCUGGUCUAGCGACAGCGAUGAAGAUUAUGAUGACGAAUGA